AUGGCGGAGGAAUUGAAUACGACCAAAGACAUGAUUCACGAAAUUUUGACAAAGGAUUUAAACAAACGGAAAGUCUGUGCUCGAUUUGUUCCUCACGCCUUAAAUGAGGAUCAAGAAAUUGCUCGCGUUGAACAUUGCAAGGACCUUAUUAAAACAGCCAGACGGAACUGCACAUUCCUGGAAUCGAUUGUAACUGGUGAUGAGACUUGGUGCUUCAAGACCGUCGCUGUUCGUGAAUUUUUAGCGAAAAAACAAGUCUGUGUGCUUCAACAUCCUCCGUAUUCGCCUGAUUUAUCUCCGUGUGACUAUUUCCUGUUCCCAAAACUCAAACUGGCCAUGAAAGGAACGUUUUAUGACAGUGUUACACAAGUCCAAGAAGCCGUGACGAGGGUCAUUGAGGCGAUUCCGAAAACCGACAUAAAAAAAUCUAUGCUAGUAUUGGUUGAACGUGCCUAG